UGUUUCGCUCAGUCAUAGGGCCACAGAGUUCCUUAUGCCAGAUGUUAACGCAUGCUAUCUCUUAUUUUGCAGUCGCCUUCCCCGUCAGCGAUGGGGAUGAUGACAAGAUUGUGGGAGGCUACACCUGUGGAAGGAGCGCGGCACCCUACCAGGUGUCUCUGAAUUCUGGAUAUCACUUCUGUGGAGGUUCUCUCAUCAGCAGCCAAUGGGUGCUGUCAGCUGCUCACUGCUACAAGUCUUCCAUUCAAGUGAAGCUUGGGGAAUACAACCUGGCAAGCACAGACGGCAGCGAGCAGACCAUCAGUGCAUCUAAAAUCAUCCGCCACUCUGGCUACAAUUCCAACACACUGAACAACGAUAUCAUGCUCAUCAAACUGUCCAAAGCAGCCACACUCAACUCCUAUGUCAGCACAGUUGCUCUGCCUACCAGCUGUCCGUCUGCUGGAACAACAUGCCUGAUCUCUGGAUGGGGCAACACACUCAGCAGUGGCACUCUGUAUCCAGAUGUCUUGCAGUGUCUGGAAGCCCCUAUACUCUCCUCAAGCCAGUGCAGCAGUGCUUACCCUGGUGAAAUUACUAGUAACAUGAUGUGUGUUGGAUACCUGAAUGGAGGGAAAGACUCCUGCCAGGGGGAUUCCGGUGGCCCAGUAGUCUGCAAUGGUCAGCUGCAGGGUAUUGUUUCCUGGGGUUAUGGAUGUGCACAAAGAGGUUAUCCCGGCGUUUACACUAAGGUUUGCAAUUACGUUUCCUGGAUUCAAUCAACUAUGUCUUCCUAUUGAGACGCUCAUUUUACGUGACCUGCUUUUCCUCCCCCUCAUUUCCUUCUGCCUUGCAACUGGAUGUACAAACCUUCACAAAAAAUAAACAU